GUUUGGUGUACUGAAUGACUUGAGCAGCAUCAGUUCAACCACAUUCCACGAUGCCUCCUCGAAUACCCGCUCCGUCGCGCUUCGGCGUGGCAAACUGUAAGUUCUGCUAUAUGUAUAGAAUUUCGCAUCUGACCCUAUGCUCAGUAUGUUUCCGGCCAAGCCCUUCAAAUGCCCAACUCCCUACCGUUUCCGCCGCCCAUUUGGUCACAAUGGCACAGAGGAGGAAACACAAGGACCCAUACGCUCUUGCUCAAGCAAAGCAAAGGAAAGACGCAAACAUGUCACGAAGAGCCGAACUUCAGCAACAAAGAGAAGCUGCAAUGGGAGAUCCAGUUCGGGGCAUUACCACACCAUUUGUCGAAUCGUUUGACAAUGUAGGGGGAUCAGAUGUGAUCAGUGAAGCUGUAAUCACAGAGGAUGGCGUCGCAAUCAAAACCGCGGACAAUGCCCUCUUGAAUCAUUUCCUCAGACCAUCCGAGCUCGAAGCAUCUAUCAAGCAUUCCUACGCCUUGACUGAGCCGGUCGUUUCCAAGAUUCGAGAUUUUGCGGAUCCUGCUAUUGAAGCAGAGGAGAAGAAGAGGCAUGAGAAGGGCCACGCCAAUGCUGUCGCUGCUAUGGCCAGAAUUGUCAGUCUAGCAAAUGCUAGCCAGAAGGAUAAGACCAGGGCGAAUGUUGUUCGAAGCAUUGAGACGUUCGGACGACAUAACACAGACAAGGUGCUCAAACCCAGAGCAUCACCAAACCCGGCAACUCUUGGGGACAAGCCACUUCCAGAAAAGACACCAAGGGCUGGUCCAGAUACUGGUAGCUCGGAGAUUCAAAUUGCUAUUUUAACGGCUAAGAUAAGGGUCCUUGCCAAUUUAUUAGAGUCGAAGGCUGGAAAGAAGGAUUACGUCAACAAGAGAAAUCUGAGACUUUUGGUACACAGGAGGCAGAAGUUGUUGAAGUACUUGCGGAAGAAGGAACGUGGAGGGGAAAGAUGGCAGCACUUGAUCGAGACUUUGGGAUUGACUGAGGGGACAUGGAAGGGCGAGAUCAGUCUGUAAAUACUUGUACAUCAUAUACCACCAAGAACUGUAUGAUAGAGGCUAUGAAUUGUACGAAGCAAUUUGUAAAGCAUU